AUGGGAGACAAAAAUAAUGAAGCAAUUGGUCUUUAUGAAAAAUUUGGAUAAUCCUUGCCUUUAAAGAGAAAACUACAUAACAAUGAUUAGGGUGAACAAAAAAUCAAUAAUGAAAAUAAACGAAUCCAAGCAUAAAAAAAACAUACAUAGAAAACAAAUAAAAUUGAAUAUUAAUAAAUGAAUUAAUAAGCUUAAGAGAAACAAAAGUGA